GGAUCAGUUGUUUUUCCACACCCAAGCGAAGAUGAAGUACCUCAAAGACUGCAGUUUCCAUGUCCUGUUGGUUCUGCUGCUAAUGAUCCGUGGAUCGCUUUGUGUGCCAGCUUUGGACGCAGCUCCUCCGGCUGCCACACCCAACACCGUGGAAGAGUCGGAAAAUCUGGUCGAGGGCAGUGGCGAACCAGUUGUCGCACCCACAGACGUGGUACCUGCAGCCAGCAAUGGUACCACUCCUCCGGCUGAAGGAAACUCGGAAGCAGCGGUGCCAGACAACGUGGCCAGUGGUAGCAGCAUUGAUCCCACCACCAUUUACGCUGGAGGCCUACUCACUCCCGAGGCCUUUCAGCAGUACCUGAGUCAGUAUGGAGCGUAUGCUCCUUACUCCUAUCCUGCUCCUGUUGCGGGAACAGCAGCUGGCAUUUACCCGUACCCUGGACCCAUUGUGGUGCAGACGGGCUACGAGGGAUUCCUGGUGCCCACUAAUACCGCAGGACAAUCGGACAGCACCACUGUCCUGGCUCCCACUGCCCAGCCCAACUCCUCGAAUCCACUGAUGACAUUUGUCUCCAAUCUUCUGCCCACGAUCCUGAUGUCCACGCUCUUUCGCAUCGCUGCCGUUGUGGUUUCCGCCGUGGGCAUCAUCCUCUUUGGCGGUGCCAUCACCAGUGCCCUGUGCAGGAUCACUCCAAUCUGUGAAAUACCCGCCCGUGCUGUGAAUAUCCUGCGGACGGGUGGUGCCCAGGAUGUGGGUCGCAUGCUGGCCGAGGAGAUGACUCCGGAACGAGUGCGUCGGGCAACGGAAUUCGUGCGCAACGCCAUCCGGAAGUACAAGCAACUGCAGAAGCUGGUGGAGGCAUCGGAGGCGGUGACCGAGUUGACCAACUAGGGAUGGCGCAAUGGGUGUAGGUUUAGUGCUGGCUCGUAAAUUAGGUGGAAUGCAAAAUAUACUUUUAAUGAUGCUAUAAAACAUGAUUUCACUUUUUUCUGUCGCAAGGGGUUCUUAAAAGGUGUUGAGAUUUUGUGUUGCAAAUUUGUUAGUGAAAUAUAUAAACACGAUUCAAAAAAUGGUUCGCAAAAAGUGUUUACAUACACGACUUAUGAUAUAAUCGUUUGAUUUGUCUAUUGAUUAUUAGCUUUAAAUUGUUUUGGAACUUCUGUGGCAACCCUCUGGUGGAUUUGUUGGCGCACAAUGACCAAUGAGAAGUAUGUGUGCACUUGCAUAUGUAGUUUGUAACCGCUCAAUGCCACAAGCAGCACGUUUGUUAGCUAACUGAACUCGCGAUUGUUCUAAUAGUUGGUCGGUCAAUGGCCCAAGUGGCUUGUGGAUCCCUCGAGGGGCGAAAAGGGGUCCAAGUGGAUUUAUAUGUACCCCAGUGAAAUCAUCGCGUGCAUUCAACUGCGGUGUUGAAAUCGCAAUUGGCAAUUGUCGUGUGGCACUCGCGGAAUUUACAGAGCUACAGAAACACAAUCUCACUUUUAUGAACCAUGACAGAGAUUGGAAUUUUAAAUAUAAGUGGAGGCUGAUUAGUGUGAUCAGGACAAAACUACUGUUGCAUAAUCGCUUUUAUCAUUUAUAUAAAUUUUUAUCAUUUUAGUGGGACGAACUACUUAAAUAUUUAAAAUACGAUUAAAAAAUAAUAAUAAAAAUAAUAAGGGUACCGCCUAUCAACAUUUCAAGCCGAAAAGCAAAAGUAAUUAAUAUUUGCUGAUAAGAGAGUGAACAAAUAAAUGCCUUUCGUUUGUUUUAU